AUGAACGACCCCGGCCUAGACGAGCCUGCGCAGGAGGCAGCUCAAGAUGUCGAGAACAACAGGCAGGCUGAGGAUGAGCAGGCAGAGCGGGAAGAACGACAUCAAUGGUGGUUUGCGUCCACCGCAAGUCCACUCAUAGCAGGUACCUUUGGACCCAUGGCGAAUGCAUUUUCUAUAUGUGCACUCGUUGAGAAAUGGAGGGUCUUCAUCCCAUUUGGAGCCGACGAGGGACACGGAACAAAAAUUGAGGAUCCAACAUGGCUUAUCGCGGUCAAUUCUGUCUCUCUCGUGUUCGCUCUUUCCGCCAACAUCAGCUUGCUUCUCAACAUGUCAAGACGACUAUCUUUUGCUAUCGCGCAGCCCAUUACUAUCAUUGGGUUCUACCUGGCUGGCUUUCUCCUGAUGGCGCUUGUUGGUGUAGCCUCGUCGCCCGUCUUCCGGAUCGAGCCCAGGUCAGAACAUGCUCUGAGCCAAGCCUUCUAUUAUGCCAUCAUAGCUGCCGGUAUCUACUUUAUCAUUGCCUCACUUAUGACUUUCACUGCUUUUGGAGCAUACAAGGGACAUUACGCAAGAGAGUUUCGACUUACGGCUAGCCAGCGGACACUGAUGUUACAGACCAUUGCAUUUAUGGUCUAUCUACUUAUCGGAGCCUUGGUCUUUUCUUACGUUGAAGACUGGAACUUUCUAGAUGCGGUUUUCUGGGCCAACUUUACUUUGCUCACGAUCGGGUUUGGGGGAGAUUUUGUACCAAAGACCCAUACAGGUCGCUCUUUGCUUAUACCGUAUGCCAUUGGUGGACUUGUGACCGUCGGUUUGGUCAUCGGGUCGAUUCGCUCGCUCAUCCUGGAACACGGGAAAGAGAAGAUGGCUGCUAGAUUCAUGGAGAUCAAGAGGCAAAAGGUCUUGCAAUCCGUCGAUGACGAUACGCAUACAAUACGUGUUUCAAUCUUUGAGAAGAUUGAUUUUUCGACCAAGGGGUUGACGGAGUCUCAGAGGCGCGAGAAAGAGUUUACCAUAAUGCGACGGGUACAAGAGCUGUCAGAGAGGAAGCGGAGAUACACAGCCUUGGCAUUGUCAACCGCAGCGGCACUUCUGCUCUGGUUCCUAGGAGCGUUGGUCUUCAUGUACUCGGAGAAGCCACAAGGCUUUACCUACUUUUUGGCGCUGUACUAUGCCUAUGUAUCACUCUUGACAAUCGGUUAUGGAGACUACGUUGUCGAGAGCAAUGCCGGAAAGGCGUUCAUGGUGUUCUGGAGUCUACUCGCGGUCCCAACCCUUACGAUCCUCAUCUCUAACAUGGGUAACACGGUCAUCAAGGGUUUCAAAGACUUCACGAUUUGGGUGGGCUCGCUUACGGUGUUGCCGGAUGAGGAAGGACUGAGCGCCGCACUCAAGGUUGGCUGGACACGAAUCAAGACUGGUAAAUUCGAUCAUGAGCAGAAAUCUGGUCUUCAAGACGGGUCUUCGAGCUCGAAGAAUAAUCAUAUGCAAGACCGCCUAGCAAGCUACAUCGAAGAGGAGGAGUUAGGGAAAGCUGGAGAGGCAGAAGAGCACGGUGACUAUCUGGAACGCGACAUUCGCUUCUACCACUUUGUCUUGGCGAAGGAGGUCCGUCAAAUAAUGCGAGACGCCGAAACCACACCACCAAAACAGUACGAAUACCACGAGUGGGAGUACUACCUGCGCUUGAUCGGCCAAGACGAAAGUGACAGCUCGAAUCACCGGAAGCCCAAAGCGUACACUCAUCAUGAUGACGGUAGCACACCUGAUAUCGGCACUGCAGACGACGGCAAGAAGCUCGCAUGGAGUUGGCUCGGUAUCCGUAGUCCGCUCAUGGGUAAUCAAUCGGAGCCUCAAUGGCUGCUACAGAGACUGGCUGCGAAAUUGGAGUUUGAAAUGCGUAGGAUGAGCUCGUCGGACGAGAAGGUUCGAAAAGCGAAGCCGCCGAUAUCGAUGUCCGAGUUAAGGAGGAGGCGUGCAAGCGGAAAGACGGAUGAGGAGGCUAAGACGUUACAGGAGAAGGUUGGGUCUACGACGUAA